AUGAUACAAUGGCGAAUAGAUAAUAAAGUUGAUUCGAUUCUUGAACAUGCACCUACAUUAUCUCGAAUGGAUGUCCUUCGAAGAGUUAUUCCGAGUGCUCAACAUGGCUAUACAAAAGUUCAUCGACCAUUAUAUAUAGAGAAAUCGGGUCUAACGCGUGUAAAUAAAAUAUUGAAUAUGUUUACACCAGAGGAACUGCUUCAAUGUCAUAUUUAUUGGCUUGAAUACAUUUGUCAACGAGCAAGAGAGCACAGUCGACAAUUGGGAAAACAUGUGGAAACUUUUACUUCGAUUUCGGAUUUGCACGGCUGUAAAUGGAAUAUAAGAAAAGUAUUUCAUAUAUGUAAAGAAUUCCUUUACAUCGAUGACAACUAUUACCCUGAACGUCUAGGACAGCUGUUUUUUGUAAAUCCACCAGCGAUCUUUCCUGCUCUUUGGGAUUUAGUGAAACAUUGGGUUGAUCCUGUAACGAAAGCAAAAAUUAUUGUCGUUAAGAAAGGUUCUGGAACCUCAACAUUAUUAUUACAGCAUAUUGAUUCUGAUCAAUUACCACAUGAAUAUGGUGGAAACUGCAAUUCAUGUUCAACUGCUCCGAUUUGUAUUCCUGUAUACGACUGGGACAAAGACACUCCUGAGGAUGGAAAGGAAGAAUAG